UAGAGACCCGGGGCCGGGGUUAGUCGGUUGGGGGUCGGCGCCAGUUCUCGGUGUUAGAGGAAAAACACACCCGCGAAUGUUUGCUUGUUUUCGGUCACAUUUGUUUAACCCCCCCGGAGCAGCGCGCGGCCGAGCAGGCUACCAUUUUAACCUUCAUCGUUAAAUAGUUCCACGAUGCUUUAAUCUGAUGGCGCGUCAGACCAGACUCCGUUCUGAAAAUCACUCAUUAUCAAUAUAUUUGAUUGGAGGCGGUCGUGGCUUUCUGCCCCAGUCUGAUUGAAAUGGUUUUCUGAUUGUGCAGGUGCUGCUGGUCUCUUCCGCUCCUCUUUAAACCAGCAACAGUGUUUAUUUAGGUCAGAGUGUAAAGUUUAAAGACUGCUUCAUCCCGCUGUUCCCGCCCACCGACGCUGUGUUUUGGUCCGUUAAACGGUGGUGGAGCUGGUGGUGGACAACUGUCGCUCCGUUGACGGCGAGGUCGAAGGUCUGACGGACGCGUACACGGAGCUGGAGAUCCUCAGUAUGGUGAACAUCGGCCUCACGUCGCUCUCCAAACUGCCCUCACUGCCCAAACUACGCAAGCUGGAGGUGAGUGAUAACACUAUCUCAGGAGGUUUGGACACGUUGGCGGAGAAAUGUCCAAACCUGGCGUACCUGAACCUGAGCGGGAACAAGAUCAAAGAGCUGAGCACCAUCGAGGUUCUGCAGAACCUGAAGAACCUGAAGAGUUUGGACCUGUACAGCUGUGAAGUUUCCACACUGGAGGAUUAUAGAGAUAGCGUCUUCGAGCUGCUGCCUCAGCUCACCUAUCUGGACGGGUACGACCAGGAGGACAACGAGGUCCCCGACUCAGAGGCCGACAACGACGACGAAGAUGAAGCCGGACCUCCAGGAGACGACGAUGACGAGGAUGAAGACGAGGAUGAUGAGGAAGGCUCUGAAGGGGAAGAGGACGAGGUGGGCCUGUCGUACCUGAUGAAGGAGGGGAUCCAGGACGAAGAAGAUGAUGGAGACUAUGUGGAGGAAGAAGAGGAGGACGAGGAGGAGGAGGAUGAGGAGGAAGAUGGAGAUGCUGCAGCCGUUCAGGGGGAGAAGAGGAAGAGAGAUGCAGAGGAUGAAGGUGACGACGAUGAUGAUGAUGAAUGAUCACCUUCACACACUGUAGCCGCCCCCUCAACCCACCCCCCGACCCCCCUCCAGUGACCCCUGACCCCGCCGGACGUCCCCUCGGAGCCGCAGACAGACAGGAAACAGGUUCAGGAUCUCACAUCAUGUGACUGGUGAUGUCAUCAUUAACCUGGUGACCAACAGGAAGUGUUCAGAUUGAAAAACUUUAUUUACAACACGUACUGCAGUGUUUCAGCAGACCGUUACCGUGGCGACUGACAGGGAGGACAGGGAAGGCAGCAGUUAGCGGAGGUCACACGUGAUGCAUUCAGGGACAGCAUCCCGUGGAGGAGUAGACUGCGAGGCGUUCAGGUGUCCUCGCGUUACAGCCGCACUCAGACACCUCCAGGUGAAACGGCUAACGUAGCGGCUAACAGCCCGUUGACAGAGGAUCCGUUUUACCGGCGCUGUCAGCAGCCUGCAGCAGAGGCGCUGUGGUGCAUUGUGGGUAAGCGGCUGUAAACAGGCUCUCGCUGUAAUGGUGACUUUUUAUAUAUUUUCUGUAUUUUAACAAACCGGUGAUUAACGGCGUUUUUAUCUCCAGUGAAUUCAGUCUGAACACUUCCUGACUCUAAAUACUACAGUUCCCAUGAGCCUCAGCGCUGUGACAUCAGGGCCGACCCUCCACAGCUGAUCCAAGGAGCAGUGCAUUCUGGGGUUCUUUCUUUUAAAAUAAACGACUGUUAGCGCAUUAACCCUUUGUGUCGGGUGUAGCCUCGCCCCCUGUGGGUCUGCGGCUCUCGGCGUCCGUCCGGGUCCCGGGUCCCGGGUCCCGACUCUGGUCUGUAAAUAGAAGUGGUCUCUGUGGGUUUGUGUGGUCCUCUCUGAACCUGAACCACGUUGGGGAUUCUCCUGAGUUAAUUUUAUUUUUUUAUUCCCGUCUGAUCGUGUCGCUGUAACCAGAGUGUCUUUUUCAAUAAAACCACUGAACUCUCA